AUGCGCGAAAGAAAACGAAUGCAAUCGAUAAAUGACGCAUUCGAAGGACUUCGCCAGCACAUUCCCACUCUACCGUAUGAAAAGCGCCUAUCCAAAGUGGACACACUUCGCCUGGCCAUUGGCUACAUCAAUUUUCUUGGAGAACUGGUACGCACUGGCGGCACUUCGCUGCAGCUAAAUGGCGGCGCAUUUCCCGGACGAUAUUGUCCCAUUCCUCCGCCUGCAAAGAAAAUUGUCGUUAAAUCACAACAGCCUGGACCGGGUGGUGACCAACUAGGACCACAUUCACUUUCCUGGGAGAGCGAUGAGAACAAGCGACCUGGUGUGGUGCAGCACGGCAAUAUUUUAAUUGCCAAAGUGUGGACGCCUGAAGACCCAAGAGGACCGACUACCUCCGAUGGACCGAAUGCAGAUGGCCAGCAGCAACUGCAGUAUGCUCCCCAGCAAAUGCACACCUAA